GCGGGCCUGACUUGGGUCAUAUGACUGAGCGGCGCUAGAGAGAAGCUGUAGCCGGACAUAUCUCAUUCUCCACCGGUCAGACUUCCCUUAGUGCAGCCGAAUAAGCGUCACUCUCCCGCCGGCCACAGUCUCUGUAACUGAUCUGAAGAUGGCAACCCUGUUGGCGAACCGGCCGGUGGAUCUGAACGGGCCUGAAGCUGCGGCGCGGCAGCACGCUGAGGCGGUGAAGAGAAACUACAUCUCCCAGCCCAGACUCACGUACACCACUGUGUCAGGUGUUAACGGCCCCCUGGUCAUUUUGGACCAUGUCAAAUUUCCUCGUUAUGCGGAGAUCGUCCACCUCACUUUGCCGGACGGUACCAAGAGGAGUGGUCAGGUGCUGGAGGUGAUCGGCAGUAAGGCUGUAGUUCAGGUGUUUGAAGGGACCUCAGGGAUCGAUGCUAAGAAGACUGCAUGCGAGUUCACAGGCGACAUCCUGCGCACGCCCGUAUCUGAAGACAUGCUGGGACGUGUUUUCAACGGCUCUGGUAAACCCAUCGACCGCGGCCCCAGUGUCCUGGCUGAGGAUUACCUGGACAUCAUGGGCCAGCCCAUCAACCCUCAGUGCCGUAUCUAUCCAGAGGAGAUGAUCCAGACUGGCAUCUCUGCCAUCGACGGCAUGAACAGCAUCGCCAGAGGACAGAAAAUUCCCAUCUUCUCUGCUGCUGGACUUCCACAUAAUGAGAUUGCUGCUCAGAUCUGUCGUCAGGCUGGUUUGGUGCAGAAGUCGAAGGACGUCAUGGAUUACAGUUCUGACAACUUCGCCAUCGUCUUUGCUGCUAUGGGAGUCAACAUGGAGACUGCCCGUUUCUUCAAGUCAGAUUUCGAGGAGAAUGGAUCCAUGGACAACGUCUGUCUGUUCCUCAAUCUGGCCAAUGACCCCACUAUUGAACGCAUCAUCACACCACGUCUGGCCCUGACCACAGCCGAGUAUCUGGCCUAUCAGUGUGAGAAGCACGUGCUGGUCAUCCUGACGGACAUGAGCUCCUACGCUGAGGCUCUGAGAGAGGUGUCCGCCGCUCGUGAGGAGGUGCCGGGUCGUCGUGGUUUUCCUGGUUACAUGUACACGGAUCUGGCCACCAUCUACGAGAGAGCCGGGAGAGUGGAGGGCCGAAACGGAUCAAUCACGCAGAUUCCCAUCCUCACCAUGCCGAAUGACGAUAUCACUCAUCCCAUCCCUGAUCUGACGGGUUACAUCACAGAGGGUCAAGUUUACGUGGACAGGCAGCUGCAUAACAGACAGAUUUAUCCCCCCAUCAACGUGCUGCCCUCCCUGUCUCGUCUGAUGAAGUCCGCCAUCGGAGAGGGAAUGACCCGCAAAGACCACGCAGACGUCUCUAACCAGCUGUAUGCUUGCUACGCUAUCGGUAAAGACGUGCAGGCGAUGAAAGCCGUGGUGGGUGAAGAAGCUUUGACCUCUGAUGACCUUCUGUAUCUGGAGUUCCUGCAGAAGUUUGAGAAGAACUUUAUUGCCCAAGGUCCCUAUGAUAACAGGACGGUGUUUGAAACUCUGGACAUUGGCUGGCAGCUGCUGCGUAUCUUCCCUAAAGAAAUGCUGAAGAGAAUCCCUCAGAGCACGCUGGCCGAGUUUUACCCGAGAGAGUCCGCCGCGCGCCACGGAACCUCCUAACCCCCGAGCUCAAAGGGCAGAGGUCAUGUGAUCUGCACGCCCCCUCACCUGUCUCACCUCUGGCACCUGCGUCCACCUCCACCCAGAGAACAAAGUACUGUAAUGCUUUAGAUAUGGGGGCCUAAUUCAGGACUUUAUAAAGCAUUAACCUCUUAAACUGCAGCUUAAUCUGAACACCUUGUAAAUUAUUCAGGACUUUGCAGUAUAAAGGGUUAAUAAAGCGCACGCUAUAUGGUGAUGAAGCAUUUUUAUUAAAGUCCUUGUAUUUCGCCCCUUUAAAUAAAGCGUUAAACAAAGUUGAAAAGUUGUGUACCCUCCGUAGACUUGCCGUGUGUAUCAGGAUGUGUUUGUGUGGGUCGAAUACAUAACUGUGAUUAGCCUACUGUAGUCCCUGUCUGUUUUUGUUUUGAUUUUAUUGUUUGUUGGUACUUUUCCACAUGUAAACACACCUUUAAAUCAAUAGAAGAUGCAAAUGCUGGACCUUUUUCCCCUUUCUUGAGUCUAAAUGUCCCAAAUCAUUUGAGCUGAAAGGGAACAACGUGUUUGUCAUAGACCUCUGUAGUCAUCGUCACGGCCAUAUAAGGAGCUCCAAGGCUAAGCCGUUCAUCUCUAUGGGGAUGUUUUUGAAAAUAGUUGCUGUAGCAAUAAACGCUCUACAGCUUUUGUCCUAUACAUUUUCCCCCAAAUGUUGUUGGAUCUUUCGAGUUAAGAGGUUGUUUAGCAGUCAAAUUAUGAGUAAUGCCACAUGCAUGCUACAAGCUAGCACUCACCAGCUAGCACUCACCAGCUAGCACCAGAGAUCUUGGAGAAUUUUCACUCUCUAAUGUCUUCCGGGUUUCUCGAACGCUAGAGGGCACUCCCGAGUGAGUCCAAAAUGAACAGGUUAAGAUGGAGCAUUCGAGUAAGAUUAGUUUAGAAAGAUUUAAACAUAUUUAGUUUAAAAGAAUACAUUCAUUUGCUGAACUCAAAACAGGAUAAAACAUUUUAACACCGCUGUUAUAUUUUUACGUUAUAGGAGUUUAAAACGGCGCCUCAUGUAGGUUGGUGACAUCGGUGAGCACGAACAGCCAAUGAGCUGCUCCGCUUGCCAACCAAUCAGCACUCAGUAGCAGUAAUGCAAGCGUUUUCCUGCCCAAAACCCGUUUGCUGUAGAAAAAAAGAAACAUGUUUCAGCUCCUUAAUGACCUCAUAAUUCAGAGGAUUCAGCGAAACAUGGGGGAAAAACUCCUCAACUGACGGCAAAACAUUUUUGUUUGGAGCAUUUUGUUCACCAUGGGGUGUGAAAAAACUUUCAUUUUUCCCCAUAGAGAAAGCUGACUUAGACCUGGAGCUGCUUAUAUGGGCAUGUUCUUUCUCCUUGAGUCAUGAAUAAGAUCUCAUCUCUUGUCUGUUUUAGGAUAUCACCAGUCAUUAAAACCUCAUCACUCAUUUUCAUCCAUCUUCAUCAUCUAAACCGCUUAUCCUUCUGGGUCGCGGUGAUCACUCGUUUUCAUUUUUUUAAAAUGCAAUUUGAAAACACCAGCUGCCCUUUACAUUGUGUAAACAUUUCAUGAUGAAUGGACCAAAAGAAAUGGUCCAGAAUUACUACUAAUCAUAUCUCCGUACAUUAAAAGUCCUGUCAAGUUACCAUUUUGGAGAUAUGAGGUUUUAUGACUGCAACAAAAAUAUUUAUUUACUGUCAACAUUCCUGCAAGCAGUCUGUGUUUGUUGUUUCACGUGAGCAGAAAGGUGAUGCAGUUGAUGAAAAUGAUUUAUGUAUUUUAAUUUUGGCAUAUUUCAUCCCCAGAUACAGUGGAUUUAAGACCACAUAAAGCAUUAUUUAUGAUUAUUAUUGACUGACUGAUGAUCUAAAGUGUUUGUAAACAGACAUUCUCAGUUCCAGUUUAGACAUAUUUUGGUUCUCCCUGCUCUGUUAGAACAUGGAGAAUAUAGAAAACAUGCAGUGCAUAUAGAGAACAGCACAGAUCUAAUCAUCCCAAGUCCAUCAGUACAUUCCCAUUUGGCUGCAAGCUGUUCGUUAAAUGAACAUAGAAGAUGUUUACAAUUUUGUGUUUUUGGAGUGUGACGUGUGCUGUGAUCUCCAAAAUAUUGAGCAUCCCCCUUCUUCCUUUGUCAUGGUCACAUCUUUAUUGUAUACACAAAGUCUAUUUCUGUGUUGAUUUACAAAUGAAUUAAAUUAUAUUAUUCUCCUGA